AUGGUUCCGUGGUAUGAGGAUCAAUGGACACAGCAUUGGAUGGCUGUCCGGGUCUGUCUAAUGGGCGAAACAGUUCUUGUUGUAAACGUUUACGCCCCAAGUACCAAGACUGAAAGAGAGGCGCUGUUCUCGAGCCUUCUACUUAUUCUUCAGGGAUACGAAGGACUCAUGUUUGUUGGAGGGGACUUCAACUGUACUUUGGAGCCGCGACUUGACCGUUCUUUUGUCUCGCCGCCAGGAAGACAUGAUUCCUUGGCGCUUCGGCGGCUUCUCGGCCGAGUGCAGCUUAGCGAUGUUCUUGAUGGUGAUCUGGAGAUGGCCGAAGAAGAAAGAGAUGUACCGGCGUUUCAUGCGGCCUCUCACACUUAUUUCUACACUCUUCCGGGCGGUGGAUUGGCUAGUUCCCGACUGGAUCGGUGGUAUGUGAGCUCUCGCCAUGCUGAUUGGAUUCGUGGCGUUGCUUUGUCAGUUCCUGGUCCAGCAGCUGACCACAAUGGCAUCAGUAUCAGGAUUGGAGUGCCGCGUUAUGUGGUCCGUGUACGUAAGCCGAGGCACGUGUACCCUGUUCCAGGUUGUGCAAACACAGCCGCGCAUAAAGCAAUUGUUGCGGCCAUUAAGCUGGCACAGCUUAAAGCGGACGAUACUCUUUCUGUUCCGCCGUCGGACUAUAUCACGGCCCGUAGAUUGGCCGACUGGUGGGAUGAAUGGAAGAUCAGGCUUCGCAAAGUUCUUUUGGCGACGACCAAGACCGCGCGUCAAGGUAUGACAACAAGCUAUCGGCAGCGGCUACGUCGGCUCUAUGUAAGACUGGACGCAGCUCUAUUGGUGGCGCGUACACUUGAUAACUCACCACCAGGAGCUCAUAAGGACUGCAACAAGCCUAGCACCACCGAUACUCCGGUUGGACUGCGGCGUAAUGUUGCGGAGUGUCGACGCUUAUGGCAGAGAUCCAAAAAAGAGCGCCUUCUUGUUCAGCACACGUAUACUCCUGGAGAAACAUCUCGAUGUUUUUUCGCCCGGGUGGCGACUAAAUUUCAAGACAACACCAUUUUUUCUUUGGGCGGAAAGGCUGCAUACGGGCCAAAUCAUUCUCAAGAGCUGGCUGAUGAAAUGGCGGAUGGCUGGGAGCGUAUUAUGACUCAUUCCUUUGCCUGUCCCGACGCUACCGCCACUUUUCUUUCCCGGGCAGUCCCGCCAGGACCAGUUGAUGACACUACUGUGAUGUCGGCCGUUUCCCCCGAUGACGUGAGUGCGGCUUUAAAGAGGCUGAAACGUGGGAAAGCCGCGGGACCGGACGAAAUUAACAACACAUUUUACAGAGAUUACGCGGAAGCGCUCAGUCCAGUACUCUCUACAUUCUACACCAGAUGGCUUACGUGCAGCGUGUUCCCGUCCUCCUUCGGUGAAGCGAACAUUCAGUGUUUGAAGAAAUCUGCGUCCUCCGCCUUGCCGCUCGAUCAUCGCCCGAUUGCUCUCCUCAACAGCGACUACAAGUUAUUUACCAAGAUUCUUUCGUUUCGGGUACGGCCAUUAUUGUCGCAUCUCGUUUUGCCGGCUCAAGUUGGUUUUGUUCCAAAGAGGUCGAUCCAUACAGCUCUUGACAUUUUCGCGACGAUACGCAAAGCUGCGACUUUGGACAGCAGCCUACAUGGAGCCAUUGUGCUACUUCUCGAUUUUGCCAAGGCUUACGACACGUUGCAACGUCCAUAUCUGCUUUCGGCUCUGACAUGGCUUGGGUUUUCGCCUCAUUUCGUAUCAGUCGUGGCAGCAUUACACCACGACACUACCUGCCGAUUUCUUGUGAAUGGAUACCGCUCUCGUCGACGUGACGUUACUUGUGGAAUACGGCAAGGAUGUCCCCUUGCGCCACUUCUCUUUAUUUUAGCCCUCGAUAGUGUCUAUCGGGUGCUACAAGCGAGGGAGGACAUUCGGGGGGUGCCUAUCUCCAUUAAAGGGCGGGCUACAGAGUUCAAAGUAUCGGGAUACGCUGACGAUACUGCUGUCUACCUUCGCGAUCGGUCCUCGGUUACGCCUGUUGUAGCUAUUCUAGAGGAAUUUGCUCAUGUGUCGGGUCUCUGGACGAAUCGGUCGAAAUCAAUGAUCAUUGAGCUGGACCCUCGCGGAUCAGAGCAACCUUUUAGCACCUGUGGUCUCACUCUGCAGGCCCCUAGUGACUCUUGCACGUAUCUUGGUGUAUUGGUGGGACAACAGGACGCGGUGGCCGAUAACUGGAAUAAGUGCAUACGUUCUAUAUGGAGCCGACUUGUCUUAGCCCGCGAGAAGACGCACACAGUGGAACAACGUGCUCUGCUAGCAAGUGCUAUCGCGGUGCCCAAAAUUAACUUCUUAGCACGGCACUGUUGGCCUCCUCCCGCAGUGGUUACCCGGUUGCACAGCUUAAUAAUGGACUUUGUAUGGGGUGUCCGAGAUAUAAAGCGAUCCAGACCCUGGGUAUCUUCCGAGAUAGCGGCCUUACCUAUCCAGCAGGGAGGACUAGCGGUUCCCUGUAUUCGGACGGAAUUAAUAACGAUGGCGGCAACAGCAGUUGGACAAUGGGCUGCUACUGUCUCUUCGAGAGACUUACUAAUUGGUGACUUCUUAUGGGGAUCUACCGGGUCGGGUACGGCUUACAUUACGCCUUGUUGGACGGAAGACAAGCUCCCUCGAUAUCGCGCGACGCUUUGGCUAACCGGGUCUGAAAUUGUUGGACUUUCUUCGGCUCAACAUGCACGCCAAGGUGCGGUCAGCGAGGUCUGUAGACGAGCCUUGUCGUUUACGUCGAGAGCAGCAGUCGCCUAUAAUGAAGACAGUAGUGUCACAAUUGAUGUUCGGCGGGUUAUUGAUGACAGAUUGCGCGUUGGGAUGCGAGCUGAUGUAGCAGCAUCAGGGCGAUUUGACCACCGGUGGCUGGCAUACGCCACGCUUAAGCAUAUGUCGUGGCUCAGAGAUCGACAGGGUAAGGCAUACAGCUUGAACGGGGCCGAAUUUGCGCGAAACUUGAAUUACCUUGGCGAGACAAUGACGUGGACGACCCUGCAGAGUGGCAUGGUCUUGUUCUCUCCUACGCGUGACAUGGCGUCCCAGGCUAUGGCAAAGCGACGGCAUUUUGGGUCCUUCUGCCUCGCGCUGCUUUACAAUUUCCCGUCACUGGUAUAUCGACCAUUGGAGCCUGGGUCUGUGAUUGCAUACUCUACAAAGGUGCACCAGUUCCAUGACUGGCUUCUAACUGGUGACGGUAAGUCGCUCAGACAUUUCGAUACGGGCAUGGAAUGUGGAGUGCAACCGGUCGCGUCGAUGGCGGCAUGCGAUAUAGCCGCGUCAACAGCUAGUAAGUCUCCUGUUCACUUUGGAGUGCAUCCGGCGCUUACUCGCGUUGUCCACAUGUGGGCUGGACGACGAAGGUGGCGGCCGCAACGACGUAAACUGAAACAGAUUAUCACCCGGCGGCGCCGUGCUGUAGGGACUAGACUUCUUGAUAAACGUGUGGCAACGACGGACUUUCACGUGAUCUCGGAAGGUACAACAUUGAUUACUUGGAGGGACAUUCGACGAAUACGAGCGUCCUUUCCGACAAACGCUCAGACGCUGUAUAGGCUAAAGAUUAACAGUUUUCCGCUCUGGAAUUGGGCGAAGCAAGAUCUGUCUUGCCCGGUCCCUGAGUGUGCGAAUGCUGGUCCAGCUCUGGCAAGCCAUAUCUUUUGGACAUGCUCUAGUGCGCGUCGUCACUGGGAGUUUCUCCUUGAUCGGUGGCGAUGGCUUGGAACUUUCCAGGAGGCUGAAUUGAAUGUUUGGGUGUUUGGCCUGGACCUCCCGGCGAUUCCACCCUACGCCUGGGAUGUAAUUAAGCAAUCCAUGGACCCAGGCACUAAUUUAUCAAAAGCUCAGGCUGCUAUAUUUCCGGCAGCUAGAGAGCUGUGGCGUUUUGUCGUAUCAACGACCCUUCAUGCAAUCUGGGUCGAGCGCCUCCGCCGCAUGGAAGACUCGUCGUUAUCACAGGAGGUGCACAUAGCCAGCGCCAAGACGAGCUUUCGUCGGUCGGUCAGACAGUUUCGGCGAUCAACCUAUCAGCCCGAGAUGGGGGAAGAUGGGCAACUGUUUGCGCAGGUACGGUCGGCCUUGGCUGAUACCCUACUCUGCUACGAUGAACCUCCUUCGUUACUAGUCCGGCCUAUCGACCGGCUCCCUGGCGAGCUUUACCCCCUCUUCUUUGACGGCGGGUCCCGCGGAAAUCCAGGUCCACGUGGAGCCGGGUCUGUGAUUGUACGACUACACGUUCCGACUCACGCCGCAUGCGUUCUGUGGGUAUCAAGUAUGGCUUAUGCAUCUGCCGAUACUACUAACAAUGUCGCUGAAUAUUGGGGGCUCGUGCAUGGUCUUCGGCAAGCAAAGACAGGCGACUACUCACCCCUGCACGUCAUUGGGGACAGUGCACUUGUACUUUCUUAA